UCGCUCCCUCCCACCAUCGCCCUCCUUCCCGCUCUGGCCCUCCCUCAUUCUUUGGCAUCUGCCUCUCUCUCGCCUUCUCUCCCUCCCUCUCUAGUGCCAUAACUGCUGUCCAGGGCCAACCUGCUGCCGCGGCCCGUUCCGCCUCUCCAUCUCCACAGGUUGUGAAUGCCCUCGGCCGAUCCACCCAUCCAAGAUGGCUGCUGUCGAUAACAGCCCUGAGCCGCCAACUCGCCUCCAUCGACCUCAUAUCCGUGAACCCGCUGGCUCUGCUACCACCACUGUGUCUCGUUCCGGCCGGCCCGGCAUCUCCAAUGUCUUUGAGCCAGAGUCGCUGCUCCAGCCUCCUCUGUCGUUCCUGCUCCGAACGCUGUCUCUGCUUGCCCAUUCCAGAACGACCCUGCCGCUGCCCAUCCAUCCUACCUAUGAAUACGUCCUGGCGGAUGACGAUGCCUCUGAAACUGCCGGCAUGGCCCUGACCUGCCCCAUCUGCGACUCCUUCUUCUCUGUCGCUGUGCGGCUGCCGUGCUGCCGCCAGCACAUUUGCCGAGGAUGCGCCCACCACUGGCUGGCGCAUAGAGGCUCCAGGAAAUGCCCGUUCUGCCGAACAUAUGUCACCGAGCAGGCCCUUCUCGAGCCGCUCCCGGAUCAAGCCCGGCUGAUGGCCGAGAGCCCUAUCCGUUGCAUCUUUGCACGGUCUGGAUGCCAAUGGAUAGGCCCCCGUCGCAGCGUUGCGUCGCAUCUGCAGGCUUCCUGCCACGUUGCCGAUGCAGUCGGCACCGGUGUGGUUGCCCACAUUUGGUUCCAGUUGGAAUCACCGUGCCCCCAUCCGCUCUGUCCAAGCAACCCCCAGUCAACCGGCAGCCCGAGCAAUCUGUACCAGGCUGUUGCGCACCUCCCCGUUCCCACCAAGCUUGGUCUGGCCACCAUUUCGUGUGCCGCUCUAUCAACCUGGGUGGUGAUUGUCGCAAGCGCAAUGCAGCGCUGGAUGCCUCAUGAGCCACUGUCCACCCAUGCUCGAGCGCCAUUGCAUCGCCAGGGCGACACCACCAUCGAGUCGCUGGCUGCCUUGAGAACGCUUGCCCAAGUAUGGACUGCCCACAGCAGCGAUACAAUGCCCUUGAACCUCCGCAUCGAGUCAGUGUCAUCCGUCGAGGGCCACGGACUGCACACGAGCCAGUGCAUCGUCGGGGACCUGGGGCUGCUCCUGGUCUGCGCCGCUCUGACGUGGCACAUCCUGCUUCGGCUUCGAUUCCUCCACCCCUCCGUGCUGCUGGAUCACAUUUGCCUCGCCCUGAGCUUCCUGGGCGGAGUCACUUACAGUCUAUGGCUGGUACAGCGUGUUGAAUAAACAAUGGGACACCGUCUCACUCGGACAAAAACACAUCAAAGUCGGAUCAUAUCAUCCACCCAGCCCACA